AUGCUGACUGGGUCUGAGUGCUGCCUGCCCUGUCGGCCUUAUCUAACCGUCUUCUGGCUGCUUUGUUCAGGUCCUGAACCGGUGUCUGGCCACUGUGUCGGACUGGAUGAGGGCCAUCAAAUUGAAAUUGAAUCCAGACAAGAGGUCCUCCUGGUCAGUCGUAAGGCUGAACAGGGAAUAGGGUUACAGCCUGUGUUGGAUGGGGUUGCACUCCUCCUGAAGACACAGGUUCGCAGUCUGAGGGUUCUCCUGGACUCAUCGUUGAGCCUGGAGCCCCAGGUCUCGGCAGUGGCCAGGGGAGCCUUCGCACAACUCAGACUUGUGCACCAGCUGCGCCCGUUCCUUGGGAGGUCUGACUUGGCCACAGUGGUCCACGCUCUGCUUACAUCCCGUUUGGAUUACUGCAACACGCUCUACGUGGGGCUGCCUUUGAAGACGGCCCAGAAGCUCCAAUUAGUACAAUGGGCAGCAGCCAGACUAAUAACUGGGGCAGCUUACAGGGAGCAUACCACCCCCCUGUUAAGCCAGCUCCACUGGCUGCCGAUAUGCUACCGAGCCCAAUUUAAAGUGCUGGUUUUGACUUUCAAAGCCCUAAAUGGUUCUGGUCCAACUUACCUGUCCGAACGCAUCUCCUCCUAUCAGCCCACGAGAACCUUAAGAUCAUCCGGGGAGGCCCUGCUCUCGAUUCCACCUGCCUCACAAGCGCGGCUGGUGGGGACAAGAGACAGGGCCUUCUCAGUGGUGGCUCCUCGGCUGUGGAACUCACUCCCUAGUGACAUCCGGCAGGCUCCAUCCCUUCUGGGGUUUAAAAAGAAGCUGAAGACCUGGCUAUGUGCGCAAGCGUUUAAUGAAUGAACUCAGUUAGCAUUGACAUGGAUUGGAUUAAGGCUCUUGCACAAGGUCUGAUGGAUGACUGGCAUAUAUAUUCAGCGUUGCACUGUGUUAAAUCUUUUAUAUAUUGUAUUUUAAUAUGUUAUUUAACUAUUUUAACUGUUUUAUUAUUUUAUUGUAUUAUGAUAUACUGGUAGUGAUCCUGCCAGUUGUGUAAGCCGCCCUGAGUCCCCUCGGGGAGAAGGGCGGGGUAGAAAUAUCGGAAAUAAUAAAUAAAUAAAU